AUGUCCUACACUGCGUCCGUUGUCCAGAGCUUUGUCAAACCCGACGAGGAAAUCGGGGAGGUGCAUGCCGGCGUCCCACUCUCCUGGGCGCCCGCUCCCUCGUCUCCCUACUCCCCCAGCUCCCCUCACACAUACCCCAGCUCCCCCGCGCUUCCCCCGUCAGCGCACUCGCCACUCAGCCCCGACUUCGACUUCCCGCUCGUCCCGAACCGGCUGCACGCCGUGCACUCGGUGCACUCCCUACACUCCCUACACUCGCUCCAGCUCCAGCUCUCCCCGCCCGCGUCUGCAGACCCGAGUCCGCUGAGCCCCGGCGCAGUCUCCCCAACCUUCCUCUCUGCGGCACUCGGGGGACCGGGGACGGAGAUCCAGCGCGCACGGCCGCAGAGCAGCAACACGUCCGCGGCGAGCCUCAGCCAGAGCCUCGCGGCGAGCGCGAGCUCGGUGGCGUCUACGGGCACUACGCCCUCUACUUCGAGCUCCUACGGACUGGGGACGGGGAAGGGGAAGGGGAGGGCGCGGGUCUCGGAGAUACGCGCGCUGCCCAUCCCGCCUCAGCGCGAGCCCGUGCCGCCCGUGCCGCGCUCCCCGCUCUCGCCCACCCAGACGCAAACCCAGACUCAAUCCGCCGCAACGGCGUCGAGCCCAUCAUCAUCAUCCUUCCCAUCCUCAUCCUCAUCAUCGAAUCCGGCUUCGACUCCCACUCCAGCGCCACCCUCCACCUCCCCGCCCGCGUCCGCGUCCACCCUCCACCGUCCGCGCUCGCCUUCGUCGUCCGCCCCAGCCGCGAACCCGGCGCGCUCGUCGAUCUUCACCUCCGCCUCCUUCUUCUCCGACGACGGCAUGUCCGUCGCCACCGGCACCUCCACCCUCCCGCCCUCCUACCGCGCGCGCCGCUCCAUCUUCGAGCCCGCGGACGCCGACCUCGCGCUCCACCCGCUCCCGCCCCUCCCGCUCGCGACGCCCGCGGUGCCCAGCUCCUUUGCCGGCCCCCCUGCGCCCGCGCCUCCGAGCACGUACCCCAGCUCCGCUCCCCCGAGCGCAUACACCGGCCCCGCGCCUCCGAGCGCGUACGCCGGACCCAGCGCGUUCCGCGACCCGAGCAUCGCGUCCUCGACCGGCGGGGAGAGCCGGCGGAGCGGGGAGAGCGGCCGGCGGCGCGCGCGGGAGGCGUACCCGCGGCGGAUCAGCGCGCUCAUGGCGGCGCUGCACGCGCACGGGUGGGACCGGGACCGGGAAGAGGCCGGGGACGGGCAGGAGCAGGAGCGGCGCGCGCGCGGGGGCAAGGCGCGGCGGUCGCGCGAUGGCGGGGUGAGGCUCGAGGGCGGGCCGGUGGGGUACGAGCGUGGGGCGGGUCGACGAUCUUGA